UUUAUGCUCCUGUCAGGGCUCCUGAAUGACUUGCCGUGGCUGCCGUGACUGGGCUAGAGGCGCGGCACUAAGGGUCGCUGUACCCCGGUAACCGAGACCGGACAAGAAACGUCACUUGCUGACACUGUCGGCAGAGAAGCCACGGCUGAGAGAGGUGCAGCCACUCAGGGUGAUAUAAUAAAGAGAGUAAUAUGAGAAGCAGGGCUGUUAGAGAGCAGCGGUGAAGGUUCCAGACAGGCCGAUCACCUUAUGCUCUCCAGUUUGGAAUUUCAGCAGAUAUCUGGUUGCUAGGGUCCAAUUUACCUUAGUAACCAGGGAGUGAUUUGAGAGAGUGACGGAUAUAUAAGUAGUAGAGGGGAUGAAUAGAGAGUGCAGAUAUGAUGCCCCCUGAAUGAGACUUCGCUGCUGAAUGUGACCCUGUGCAGAGGAAGGGGACGCAGUGGAGAUGGUGAAAGGACAAAAGGCCCCCCAGCACUACAUUUCUGUGCCACCGCGGAGCCCCAAGCUGCUGUUGUCUCAUGUGUGUUGGGUUAAAGAUAUGAACGAGUGGCUAUUCCUGCACUCCAGCCUCUGACCCUGCUCCCUCUGAAGACUGAAGGCGGAAAGUAAGGCUGCACAGAAGAUGGCUAUGUACGACACCCCAUACCAGAGGCUGGAGGCUUCCUACACUGACUCGCCGCUGGGGGAAGAUGAUCUGCUGGUACACGUGCCAGAGGGCAGCAAAUCUCCCUGGCAUCACAUAGAAAACCUCGACCUCUUCUUCUCUCGUGUGUACAAUCUGCACCAAAAGAACGGCUUUUCCUGUAUGCUGAUUGGAGAAAUCUUCGAGUUGCUGCAGUUCAUCUUUAUUGUCAGUUUUACCACCUUACUGGUGAGCUGUGUGGAUUAUGAUAUUCUCUUUGCCAACAAGAUGGUGAACCACAGUCAGAGUGACCACGUCAAGGUGACACUUCCUGAUGCCUUCCUGCCCCCUGGGGUCUGCAGAGACAGAAUACAAGAAAAUGGGUUUCUCGUCUGUUUACUGGCUAUUGCUGGAGUCUUCUGGAUUCACCGACUCAUAAAAUUUAUAUAUAAUAUCUGCUGCUACUGGGAGAUCCACAACUUCUAUAUACAAGCUCUGCGCAUCCCUAUGUCAGACCUUCCGUAUUACACCUGGGAGGAGGUUCAGAGCCGCAUUGUACAGAUCCAGAAAGAGCACCAAAUCUGCAUUCACAAAAAGGAGCUCUCGGAACUUGAUGUGUCUCACAGAAUCCUGCGCUUCAAGAACUAUAUGGUAGCCAUGGUAAAUAAGAACCUGCUGCCCCUUCAGCACAGGCUCCCCCUGCUGGGCAACACUGUCUUCUACACCCGAGGCCUCAAGUACAACUUCCAGCUGAUUUUUUUCUGGGGCCCGGGCUGCCUCUUCCAAAAUGAAUGGAGCCUUAAGCCUGAGUAUAAGCGCGCAGGAGCCCGCCUGGAGCUGUCUGAAAAGCUGGCUCAGCGCAUCCUGUGGAUCGGGCUUGCCAAUCUGGUAUUGUGCCCACUUGUAAUAGUCUGGCAGAUUCUUUAUGCCUUCUUCAGCUACACUGAGGUGCUUCGGAGGGAGCCUGGCAGUCUAGGAGCACGCUGCUGGUCCCUCUAUGGUCGCUGCUACCUUCGCCAUUUUAAUGAACUGGAUCAUCAGCUGCAAGCCAGGCUAAGCCGAGCAUAUAAGCCAGCUAGCAAGUAUAUGAACUGCUUCCUCUCCCCGCUGCUGGCUGUAGUUGCCAAACACUUGGGCUUUCUCGCAGGCUCUAUACUGGCAGUGCUGAUAGCACUUACUGUAUAUGAUGAGGAUGUGCUGGCAGUGGAACAUGUGUUGAGUGCUGUCACCCUGCUGGGAGUUGUAGUGACAGUCUGUAGGUCGUUCAUCCCUGACCAGCACUUGGUGUACUGCCCUGAGCAGCUUCUCCGUGUUAUUCUGGCCCAUAUCCAUUAUAUGCCAGACCACUGGCAGCGCAGCGCUCACCGUGCAGAGACACGCGGAGAGUUUUCACAACUCUUCCAAUACAAGGCAGUAUUUAUCCUAGAAGAACUUCUGAGUCCGCUGUUAACACCCCUUGUCCUGAUUUUCUGCCUCCGCCCCAAAUCGCUGGAGAUUAUUGACUUUUUCCGAAACUUCACAGUGGAGGUGAUAGGAGUGGGAGAUACCUGCUCAUUUGCACAAAUGGAUGUCCGUCAGCAUGGAAAUCCCGCGUGGAUGUCUGCAGGCAAGACUGAAGCGUCCGUGUACCAACAGGCAGAGGAUGGGAAGACGGAGCUCUCGCUCAUGCACUUUGCUAUUACCAACCCUCGCUGGCAGCCUCCUAGGGAAUGCACAGCCUUUCUGAGCCAGCUAAGGGAGAGAGUUCAGCGAGACAGCACUGUCAGCAACCAGAAACACCCCGCUGGCCUAAUGCAUCCUCUGCAGUGCUCAGGCCUCUCUAUUCAGUCCGACCCUGAGCCGCACAGCCUGAUGGGGAAUAUGUUCUCUGGAGUGUCCCCUGCAGGGUUCCCUGCUCACUCUGAGAUUCUGGCCUCUCCUCAUGUAUCUGCUGCAUCAGAGGUGGCUUCUGCUUUACGUUCUUUAUCCCCUCAGCAGUCUUGUCACCCAGUGCAGAACCAGAGUGGAGUCGGCACUGACUUCAGAAAUGGCAGUUUUGGCAGCAAUGUGUGGGAGGGCCCCAUGAACAGCGGCACCCUGUCUGAAUACGCAUCCACUGAAAUGAGCCUGCACGCCCUGUACAUGCACGAGUUGCACCAGCAGCACACGCGCCUGGCACCGGGGCGGCACAUCUGGCACCGGCAGGAAAGUGAUGAAAGCGGAGAAAGCUCACAGGGCGAUGGCCUUAUAAACACUACGUCUAACGUGCCAUCCUCACUCAGCUGCCCCUCCCCUGCUGCCCCUGUUUGGGAAGAGAGGCUACCUCCACUCAGCACACACAGAUUUAGUGCCAGCACAGAUCUUGGGUCUGUGCAAAGAACCUCAUUGGCUCGACAGCCAAUGGGAGGGUGGAGCGAGGAUGUACAGCCCAGCAGACACCCGGAAACUGUGCCAGAGGAAGGGUCUGAAGAUGAGCUCCCUCCGCAGGUUCAGAAGGUAUAGGUGCUGCCUGGAGAUCCUAAGGAAGAGAGAGAGAUCUUCCAUAGUGUACUGUACUCUUGUCCAUCCUGUUGUUACUUGUUGAUCAGACAAGGCUGAGGAAGCUGGAACAUAUUAUGAGUGUGUGUGUGAUUGCUGGCCCUCGCUUUCUCCUCUAGCUCUAAUUAUAAAUACACAGUGUAUAUUGAUGCCUUGCGUAUGGAUGCAUAUGCUCGUCAUUCACCGGGGGGGAGGGAGUAUAAACAUAGUCACCUGUGUGGGAAGCAAAGGAUACAUAGCACUGAGGUAGCAUUAAAACCUUUGCACAUGUCUUGUCACAGUAACCUUUAAACCUAUAGCUCUCCUACUGGAAGUUGUAGUUCAGCAACAUCUGGGGGGGCGGCACAGGUUGAAAAUCACUGUUCAUUCAUUUUGUGCAGCACUGAGACUCUCCCUAGGAAUACUGAGUAGUAAGAGCCCCCUUUCCCCUAUUCUACCUUCAGCCCUUGCUGGGGAGACCCUCACAUUAACUCAUAAUGAUCUUGGUUGUGCGUGCAUGGAAAGAGCUUUAUAUUAACCCUGCAAGGCUCCUGUAUGGGGCCCUCCUGCCCUAAAGGGAACCUGUCAUUGCCGAGUGUGUGUCCAUGUUUGUACCACUGAAAUGAGGGAAAAUGUUUUGUAUAGAAAAUGUAUAUUGCUUAUUUUGUACCACUGUAUAAUUCUAAUUAAAGACUCAUUAUCUGUA